GCCUCGUAAUGCAUGAAGCAGAGAAGAAGAAGUCGAUGAAGAAAAUAUGAAGAGAAGGCGAUGGAGAAAGCCAUCUAAAGAUGUACCGGAGAAAGAAGAAGAGGAGAAAGGUGGGAGUGGUGGUGAAUUUAUUGGGGAAGCGGAAAAGGAGCAGGGAGAAACUGAAGAGCAAAACAGAGGUAAAAGGCGGCGUAAAACCCAGCUAGGAGGAGGAGAUAGAGGUGGCGGCCCAAAACUAAACAGAAUGCUCAAGGAUGAUAAUGGUAUUUUAAUUGAGUCCAAUAUGUGUCAUCAGUGCCAGAGAAAUGACAGAGGAAAGGUUAUUCGCUGUACCAUGUGUAAGACGAAGCGAUAUUGUCUCCCCUGCAUACAUACUUGGUAUCCUGGUGUUCAGAAAGAGGCUUUUGCGGAGUCAUGUCCAGUUUGUCGUAAGAAUUGCAACUGCAAAGCAUGCUUACGCAUGGAGAUGCCAAUAAAACACAAGGAGAAAUUAGAAUUGGAAUUCAGUGCUGAAGAAAAGAUGGAGUACUCAAAAUACAUCCUACAACUGCUUCUCCCUUUCCUGAAACAGUUCAAUGAAGAACAGAUGAUGGAGAAGAGGAUAGAGGCAAAGCUUAAAGACUUGCCAGUUUUAGAGAUCAAGGUAGAGCGAGCAAACCACCAGAUGCAUGAGAAAAUUUAUUGCGACAACUGCAAAACUUCUAUUGUUGAUUUUCACAGAAGCUGCCCCAAUUGUGCUUAUGAGCUUUGUCUGCGUUGUUGUCAAGAGCUUAGGGAUGGCUGUCUGCAAGGGAGUGAUGAGGGAAAUAUUGUGGAAUUUAUUGAUCCGGGGCCAGAUUACUUGCAUGGCGUCGAGACGUGUCCUGUGAUGGGUUCAACUAAGAGCGGAAUGUGUGCUAGACAGUCUCGAACUAAAAUUGAUAUUUGCAAUGCAGAAAUUGAGAAUGCUUCUGUGGAUGAUUUGGACUUAGUUAGCCAAUGGAAAUCCAAUAAAGAUGGUAGCAUUCCCUGCCCUCCCUCUGAACUUGGUGGUUGUAGUAAGGGAUUUUUGGAACUGAAGUGCUUGAUUUCAGAGAAUGAGGCUCCUGAGUUGCUUGUCAGAGCAGAGAAAAUGAAAAAAGAAUUGAAACUUGAAGAUGUUCCUGCAAUUUCUAAGAAGUGGUGUUCUUGUUUACAAUUUGCAGAUGGACCCAAUGUUAGCUGUGGUAACUUGCGUAAAGCAGCUUCUCGUCAAGAUUCUUGGGACAACUUUUUGUACUGUCCAAAAGCUGUGGAACUCCAGCCUGAGGAUCAGAAGCAUUUCCAAUGGCAUUGGAUGAACGGUGAACCUGUGAUUGUCAGGAAUGUUCUUGAUACAACAUUGGGUUUGAGCUGGGAACCAAUGGUGAUGUGGCGUGCUUUUCGCCAGAUUAAAAAUGUUAACCAUCCAGUGCUGUUGGAUGUGAAAGCUAUAAGUUGCUUAGAUUGGUGUGAGGUUGAUAUUAAUGUACACCAGUUCUUUCGAGGUUACUCCAUGGGUACCUUUGACAGUUAUGGAUGGCCACGGAUUUUAAAGUCGAAAGAUUGGCCUCCAUCUAGUUUAUUUGAGGAGCAGUUACCUCGUCAUAAUGCUGAGUUUAUUAAUUGCUUACCUUUUAAGGUUUAUACUCAUCCACAUGGUGGGUAUUUAAAUCUUGCUGGCAAACUUCCAAAAAAUUUUUUGAAGCCAGAUGUGGGGCCAAAAACAUAUAUUGCGUAUGGAUUUGCUGAAGAACUUGGGCGUGGAGACUCUGUUACCAAGCUUCACAGUCAUAUGUCUGAUGUGGUGAAUUUGCUGACUCAUACUAAAGCAGUUGACCUACAACCUAAAGAGCUUUUGAAAAUUGAAAAAUUGAAACAGAAACAUGCUGCACAGGAGGAAAGAGAGCUAUGCAGAGAUGGAAAGACAUCUACCAUGCGAGAUGAGGCUGAAGGGAGAAUUUUCAGGAGUUAUUGUUCAAGAUUUCGACGAAUGAUGGGUAUUGAUGGUUUGAAAUUGCAUCCUGAAACCAGAGAACUCAAAUUAUUUGAUCAGGUUGUGGGAGGCUCGCAAAUUACUCUUGAGAAGGGAGGGAUGGAGAAUGGAGACAACACAGAUAAUGGAGAAGUUAAUCAUAAGACUAGGCCUAUUAAUACUAGUGCCAGUGGCAACGAUGUGAAGGAAGGUGAUAUAAGGAUGAGAGGAAGAAGCAAAGGAAAGAAUAAUAAAGCUGAAAAUGUUGAGAGAAAUAAUCUGAUUGAUGCUGCAAAUGUUGAUCAGGAAAAUCAAAAUUCUCCAAUCUCACUGGAAGUUCAGAGAAGUCGUGAUAUUGAGCUUGAAUUUGUGGAUGUGCAAAGUACAGUUGAAUCUGAUGAAACAAGUAGAGGGGGAAAAUUGGAUGAGUGGAAGAGGGAAGAAAUUGUUGAAGUGUUAAGAAACAAUGUAGCAGAUGUGGACAGUGGUGCUUUGUGGGACAUAUUCAGGAGGCAAGAUGUGCCUAAAUUAGAACAAUAUCUGAUGAAACACUUUAAGGAAUUCAGGCAUGUCUGUUGUCGUCCACUAGAACAGGUGGUUCACCCAAUACAUGAUCAAACUAUAUACUUAACCAUGGAACAUAAGAGGAAGCUCAAAGAGGAAUACGGUAUUGAACCAUGGACUUUCAUUCAAAAACUAGGUGAUGCUGUUUAUGUACCUGCUGGCUGUCCGCAUCAAGUCAGAAAUUUGAAGUCUUGCAUAAAGGUUGCCCUUGACUUUGUCUCACCUGAAAAUGUUAGUGAGUGUUUCCGUAUGACUGAAGAAUUCCGUGUACUUCCUCAGAACCAUAGAGUAAAGGAAGACAAGUUGGAGUGUCUAACUGCCUGCGGGGUUCCUUUCGGGACAGGUCAAGAAAAUGACAUACUACGCAAUGAGGCAAGCCGUCCUUGAUUUGGAGAAUAGUUAAUGGAAGCGGAUCUCUGCAUGAUUCUGCAUAUUCCGAGCGAACGACAGCAUUCCGAGCGAACGACAGCUUUGUUAGCUUGUGGAGACAUCGUUUUGAAUCUAUUGUAUAUUUGUGACGCUAAAGAUUGAUAUUACUGAUGUUAGUGAUAGAAAUCCUAUUGUAGUAAUGAUGUUUUGUAACUAAACUUCUUUUGUCAAAUUCCAUCGGGGGUAAUGUAUUGCUGUAACAUGUUCAGAGCUGGUUUUUUUGAGUGCAAAAUAGCACGGCUUGAAAUUGUUGCAGUCGAUA